AUGGAGGCGAACGAGGAUGACGCAUCGGCUACAACGCUAGACCCGGGAAACCCCCGCCAGGAACCCACCUUCGCGGGCCGCCUUCAGCUGCAGAACUUCAUGUUCGCCGGCGCAGAUCACGGCUCCCCAUCUGCGGGCGGGCCGCGGCGCAGCCCGAGGCUAGCCGCGCCUCGGACGGCGGUGGUCUCGCCGGGCAAGCGCAGCCUCUCCUCGGAUGCGGGCUCGGGCCGGGCUCGCGCGCCGCGGUCGCCGUCGCCGUCGCCGCGGAAGAAGAAGCGGCGCCGCGAGCCGACGGGGUACGCGCCGCCGGCGACGUACGCGCACCUGGCGCCGCUGCCGGACGCGCUGGCGCCGGGGCUGCUGGUGCUGACGGUGGGGCUGAACCCGGGGGUGGAGACGGCGCGGACGGGGCACGCGUACGCGCACCCGUCGAACCUGUACUGGCGGCUGCUGCACGCGUCGGGCGUGACGCCGACGCGCUGCGCCCCCGCCGACGACCGCGACCUGCCGCGCCGCUACGCCGUCGGCCACACCAACCUCGUCGCCCGCCCCACCCGCCGCGGCGCCGAGCUCAGCCCCGCCGAGCUCGACGCCGGCGUCGCCGCCCUCGAGCGCAAGUGCCGCCGCUGGCGCCCCGAGGUCGUCUGCCUCGUCGGCAAGGGCAUCUGGGAGAGCGUCGCCCGCGUCCGCGAUGCCCGCCGACGCCGCCGCCUCGCGCCCGGCGCCGCGCCGAGGCUGCCCAAGCGCUUCACCGAGUUCCACUACGGCUGGCAGGACGACGAGCCCGGCCUCGGCGCCGUGCUCCCCGGCGAGCUGCCGGAGGACGACGCCGCGGCGGGAGAAGAAGGAGAGGGGGAUGUCCCGGACGACGGCGAGACCCCCUGGCCCGGGUCUCGGAUCUUCGUCGCCACGAGCACGAGCGGUCUCGCUGCCUCGCUGCGGCCCGCGGAGAAGGAGCAGAUAUGGAAGAUCCUAGGUGACUGGUGCGUGAAGAGGCGGAAGGAGAGGGAGGCUGCGGCCGGGACCGGGGCCGGCGCUACUGCAGAUACCGCGGGGUCGACGUCGAACGAGGAGAUAAUGUGAUGUAUCACGCCGGAGUUAGGGCCGUGUGCACCUACUGGUUUGAACGACGCACCGGGAAGGUUGCGUAAUUUGUAUUAGUUAUUUACUGUUGAUAUAUAACGCGCUCGAGUCUUGAUACCAAAGAUAGCGCUCAGAGAAGGUCCUUGAAGUCCACCUCUUCCGCUUUUUGUUCUACAGAACUACCCCAUUUCAUCCCUUUUGGUGUAUCGUCUCACUAGGAUGCCGGAGUCCCCUUCCCGAUGAUCCGACCCGUCCGUCCUCCUCCAGCUGUUCCACGUAGCAAUCCAUCUUUCAAACAACACCGUGAAGCCGCCAAAACAUACCACCAUCGGGAUAUCGAUGGGUAAAAUCAAUAAAUCAUAACAUAACAAACACUCAAGGCGUUGCCGCCGCUAGGUCUGCAUCCUGAAAGCGCAUGUGCGUGCGGGUACGUGCAAUUAUGUGCGAGGGGGAAAAGGGGUUAUCAAUAUGUACUAGGAGAAGCGCGAGACUCUAAAAAGAGAGCCUCUCGUUAUCCGGCCACAGUAAGGGCCAUCCUUCCAGGUUACGAUAGACACACGAUCGCUAAUGCGGUGGUGGCGAGAGGCCACCAGCCC